AAGCCUCUUCGAACAGGGCACAGAAGCUCGUACAAGCAUUCAACCGCCGCAAGGUCGAACGCCAAGAUGCAUCUGUCACGAUUGCUGAAACUGAGCUCCCCGUAUUACCCGGGCUGGAAAGUAGAGAUAUAAUGGCGAUAAAGUCCACAGUAAGGCGACAAUGAAUGGAACCUGACUAUCUACUCAAAAUGCCUUUCAUGCACUCAAAAGGUGCUACUACGCUUGGACACACGUUCCGAGGCAGAAACUUUGAUCAGACGAUCAUCACAGUAAAAGUCGGCGGAAAAGAGUACGCCGAGUCUUUCAGCUGCCAUCGUGAACUCCUCCGACGAUGCUCCCCAUACUUCAACACAUGCUUAGAAGAGAAGAGCAACUCGCCCUACGAAAAGUCGGGAACUACGCUAGACCUCGACGACACAACCCCUGAUGUAUUUGACGCGUUCAUGCUAUGGUUAUACACAGGCUUCAUACCGCACCAUCUUAUCGAGGGGGGGAAGGAGGUCCACCCUCCGACUCAUGCAGUCAGUGUCAAUGGCGGCGACAGCUCGAGCACCACCGGUCAGGAGGAGGGUGAUGAUGUGGAUACUGCCUCAUGGGGCAUCGCUCUAGAGACCGACGACACGGAAGCAGAAGCAACACCGACCAACGCUGCUGCAGCUAGCAGCCCUGCACCCAGUGCGGAGAAAGUCCCUGGCGAUGCUGAACCCGAAAAGGCUGCUAUAGUACCACCUCCACGAAACCCAGCCGAGAAGCCAGAGAUUCCCAAAGAGACGCUGUGCCCAUGCUGCUCAAGACCAUACAAGUGGAGAGGGCUCGAAGGCUUCCUAGAGCGCCGAUUCAUAUCACUAUACGUCUUCGCACACCGCUACGCCAUCCCGAAGCUACGUCGCGCAGUCAUCCUAGCAUGGCAAACGAACGACGAGAUCCUACAAGUGAUGCCCGAUCACAGCAACGUGAUCGCCGCCUACGAGAGCCUGCCACCAGACGCACCGCUGUGCCGAUACUUCCUCGAUAUGUACUCUGUGUACUGGAACCCCGAUCGCGACGAUGAGCGCACCAUAGCUUUGCGGAGUCAGCUUCCGCAAGCGUUCCUUUUCGAAUUGGUAACAAUGUUGGCGAGGGGCGAGAGGCCAAAGAUGGAGAAGGAAUGGUGCGAGUUCCAUGAGCACGAGAGCGAAGAGGAAAAGAAAGCUUGCUUGGAUGACUUGGCCAAGGACCCUGUUGCGAGCAAAGCACUCAGGCGCAUCAAGGAUAGCAAGGGCUGGAAGGGGCUGGUGCUCAAGAAGGGAAAGAGAUGAUAUGAUGACAACCCGUUGCACACGCAUCAUGGCAUGGCGUUCUGGAGUCGCAUAACACUGGUAUAUCCCGGUUACACAAUUAGCAACACACUUUUCUGUCUCAUUCCGCACUUUCACAUGAGCGAGCAAUCUUCACGGGAUGUGCUUCAUCCUAAGCCACUAGUGUUCGUGUUACGGCUUCAUCAGCAAGCUGAGGAAUGCGGGGAAGCAAUACGAGAUCUCCUGACCACGAGAGGACAUAUCAUCAGAUGUUCAACUCAGCCAUCUUUGCUAUAUUUACCCGAUAGCAUCUUUAUAGCAGUCGGUUGUCGGCAGCGCUAGAUGAUGCGGAGAAAGCCUUUGAGUCGCUGCUUUUAUUUGCGUGUAUGG